AUGGCGAAGAGAAAGGUGGCUCGCAGCGCCCGCGUGGCCAGUUGGGACCAGAAGGGUCUCAACGAGGACGCCUUUGUGGUUCUUCCGGGCGAGUCAAUCGUGCUGGCUGACCUCGAAGGCCCCGGUGCCAUCACGCAUCUUUGGUUCGUCCAAACCUGCCGCAAAAUUAUAGGUCCAGGCCUGGUUCCCUACUCCAAGUCCGGGGUUGCGAUGAUGGAAAUCCACAAUGCGCUCGGCCUCAACUACGAAGUCAACGACCCAGAUUACUAUCGCAAGGUACUCAUCAAGAUGUACUGGGAUGACUCGGAAACCCCCAACGUGAUUGCACCGAUCGGAGACUUCUUCUGUCUUGGCCAUUCCAUGGCAGCCAACUUCCAGUCACUCCCCUUCACGGUCUCGGUCAAGCCAUCCGAGGAGAAGAAGUUCGGUGGUGCUGCCGCGUUUAAUUGCUAUCUCACCAUGCCUUUCAACAAACGAGCACGCAUCGAAAUUGAGAACCAGAACGACGAGGCCUACUUCCAGUACUUCUAUAUCGACUACGAACUCUACCCAGAACCCCUGCCCGCGGAUACGCUGUACUUCCAUGCGCACUGGCGCCGUAUGAACCCAACGAACGGAUGGGCACCAUCUCGUAUUCAGACGAACAGCCUCGAGACGCAAGUGCCGAACUUAGACGGAAAGGACAAUUACGUCAUUUUAGAGACUGAGGGCGCUGGUCAAUUCAUCGGCUGCAACCAAUCCGUGGCACACUUCCAAGGCACCUGGUGGGGCGAGGGCGACGAUAUGAUCUUCAUCGACGAUGACACCUGGCCACCCAGCAUGCACGGCACCGGUGGUGAGGACUACUUCACUCAGGGAUGGGGCAUGCAGAAGAACGCAUACCCAUUCUGCGGUACCAUCAUCCAUGAAGAAGAUGUCCCGAACUACCAGGUCAGCUACCGCUGGCACCUGACCGACCCGGUACGCUUCAAUAAGAAGAUCAAGGUCACCAUGGAGUCUGGCCAUGGCAACCAUCUCCGUGAUGACUGGAGCACUACCGCCUACUGGUACCAGACGCUUCCUGGUCCCAAGCUCGAUAUCCUGCCGGUCGAGAAGCGCCUUCCGCGCAAGCCUCAGUUCCCGCCUGCAGAUGAUGUGCCCGAGCCAGAUGUGAACAGUAUGAGUUCUGAUAAACAGACCAUGGUUAAGAAGCGUGAUGAGCGGAUGGAGGCGUUUAUCAAGGACCGGAAUGAGUGGCUGGCGCGUCGUGCGCAGGAUUCUCAGGAUCGGGCGCGAAGCAACGUGGAGAUCUGCAAAGAUAUUCGACAGCGCUUCCUGCAGGGUUUGAGUGAGUAA